AUGGAUAUUUUAGGCUAUGCGAGGAGGACGAGUCACUUUGGUCUUUCGUUUCAGAGAGUUACGGUGAAGGGAUUAAGCUUGCAGGGGUACGCUGAUGCGGACUUUGCAAGCAAGGCAGCAGACCGUAGGUCGGUAUCAGGGGGGAUUGUGACGUGUGGAGGAGGCGCUGUGUCUUGGUUUUCCAGAACGCAGAAGUGUGUCACGCUUUCGACCACCGAAGCAGAGUACGUCGCCCUAGGUGACGUAGUGAAGGAGAUUUUGUUUUUGAGGCAGAUUUGGCGUUUCAUGUUGCCGCAGGUCGGCAUGCCGUGCAUCCCCCCAUCUUCGAGGACAACCAGGGGGCGAUUCAACUAGCGCAGAACCCCAUCUCAAACUCGAACUCGAAGCACAUAGAUGUAAGGCAUCAUU